CUGCGCGCCUGCAUUCGGCCGCCAUGAAGUCUCACUUACGGACUGUAGCUUUGCUGUGUUUACUGGCGCACGUGUUGUGCGACUGCCAGAACGACUGUGUGACCUGCAACAAACACUUGUAUCAGAGCGACAACUUCAACACUUUGGUUUGCAUCGUGGAAUGUGAAGGAAAGAUUUAUUCCAGUACAAUGUGGGCCGCGUGCAAAACAGUCCUCGUAAAGUCUUCAAUACAGCUCAGCCUGAAUAGCUUCGAAGAAGAUUUCAAACCUUUCGACAUGGAAGACGGCCAGUUCGCUGCCAAUUUCAAGAGGCUUGGCGACCUCGCAAAGGUGGUUGAUUUCAGUAAGAUCAACGAUGAGAAAAGGAUGUCUCAAAUCAGCAACUUGAUCCGCGAGCAGGGGGAAGAAGACACCACCAUUGACGGCGGAGAAGCCACCCUCGGGCUGACCAAUGACCCCGACGAAUUCAAUGACCUGCAAAAUCCGUCCAACGCCGUGUCCAAGAGGUUUGGAGGCUUCGUGAAGGGGAAAUACAGCUACCGGAAAUUUAUGGGGCCGUCGAAGGACCUCCAAAAACGUUACGGAGGUUUCAUUGGAGUUAGGAAGUCGGCUAGAAAAUGGAACAACCAGAAGAGGUUUAGCCAGUUCCUGAGACAAUACCUGGGGAUGUCUAAACGUUCCGCCGAAUACGACGGCUACACCAACGACCUGAACGAACUGAAUGAGCAGAAAGAAUACUGAGACUCCGCUCUAUUGAUACAUAGUCAUUCGAUUUAGAACUAAGAAGGUAGAAAGUCAACCUCAACCUCAGCGUAUGGUUUAGGAAUUAUUAUUUCAGAAGCUCCAGGGAAAAUAAAGCAUAAAGCUUCCCCUUAUCAUGAAUAAUGUGGAUCACGUACAGGUGGAUCUUUUCACCAAAAUCAAAAAGAAACGACAAAGAAACACUAACUACAAAAAAAAAACUUCAUCAUGGUUCCUUAAAAUCACUUAUGGUUCGGGACAACGCAUUUUUCAUUUAUUUGUCAUAUUUAUAUAAAUAUACAUUGCAUGCGGUAACGUUUUUUUUUUAGUUUUUUUGUGUUUUAUUUUUUUUACAGUUGACACAAUAUUGAGUUUUGAUUGGACCUGUUGAUUAAAAAUGGUAUUUUCACAUCAUGAAUUCAACCGCAAAUUCCUCUUUCUGAACCGUAUCGAACCCGAUGAAGACCAGUAGGAUUCCAGUUUCAAAAUUUUGCAUUCAUCCUAUUUCUAAAA